GCGCGAACCAAACACGGCGAGGAUAAAGCAAGAUGGCGUCUGACGGCGAAGACGUUAUUGCAGUCGUCACAGUUGAGUGUUCUUAAUCUGUGCCUCCAUAUACACAUAUAUGUCCUUGAUUAGACUCUAGUAAAUAGAGUAAACAUCGUUAAUAACUGUUUGCAUCUGCUUAUAUUAGUCUGAGCGCACUUUGAAGCAUCUCGGGCUAGCUUAGUCUGCUAGUUAGCUUAGCUUGUUAGCUGCUAACAAAGAGAGGCGGAAGUGAUCAAAACACAUCGCUAAGCAGAGAUCAAAUGUGAGUGAAAAGUGUUGUGAUUGUGUGAAAAUGUGCGAAAGAUCGACAGCAAAGUAUGAGGAGGAACUUUGUCCAACAAAAGAGAAGAAGGAGCGACAACAACAAAAACAUCAACUCGUGUUACACAGAACAGACAUCAAUCAGCUGAUUGAAAACCAAGAAGAAUGUCUCCCUCAUCUGCAGGGGGACAGUUUCACUUUAGAGAAUCCGCAGCCCUCACAUUUUAAAGGGGACAAGGAGUAUCCACAGCCCCCUUAUUUUAAAGAGGAAGAGGAGGGAGAGUGUCCUGUAGGGCAGGAGGAGGCUGAUCUCAGCAAGUUUCCACUGACUGUUGUCUCUGUGAAGACUGAAGAGCAUGAAGACAAACCACCUGAGUCCUCACAGCUGCAUCACAGUCCAAAUGUCUGUGAAGAACAUCUUCUCCCUGAGCAACAGAAGUGGAAUUUCAGGAUGGAGCCACAGCCCUCCCACAUUAAAAAAGAAGAGGAACACCCACUGAUCCCCCAUUUUAAAGAGGAAGAAGAUGACCCACAGACCACUGACAUCAAAGAGGAAGAGGAGGACCCACUGAGCCCCCAUUUAAAAAAAGAAGUGGAGGACCCACUGACACCCCAUUUUAAAAAGGAAGCAGUUUAUCAACUGAGUCCUCACAUUAAAGAGGAAGAGAAGGACCCACUGACCCCUCACAUUAAAGAGGAAAAGGAAAAACACCGUAUCAGUCAGGAGGGAGAACAUCUUGAUUGGUUGAAAGAGUUCCCAGUCAUUGGUGUCCCUGUGAAGAGGGAAGGUGAUGAGGUCAAAGGUGAAAGUGAGGAGAAGGGAGGGGGGGAGCCUCCAAGCAGCAGCUCAACACAACACAUGACAACAGAAGCUGAUGGAGACCACUGUGGAGGAUCACAAGCAGACAAGCUCUUAGCUCCACUAUCAGAUAGUGAGGACAAAAUGUCACACUCUCCUGACACUGAUGAUGAAGACUCUAAAGAUGAUAAGACAUGUCACACUGACAACACUCAUUUUACAUGUUCUCUCUGUGACGAAACUUUUAAAUACCAUAGUGAUCUGAAAACACACAUGAGAACACACACUGCAGAAAAAGCCUUUCCAUGCGCAAUCUGUGGUAAAGGUUUUACUCGAAGGCACUAUUUGAAAACACACAUGAGAAUACACUUUGGAGAAAAACCUUUUUCAUGUUCAAUGUGCGGUAAAUAUUUUACACAUAAGUCAAAUCUGAAAGUACACAUGAGAACACACACUGGAGAAAAACCUUUUUCCUGCUCAGAAUGUGGUAAAAGUUUUGUACUAAAUCAUAGUCUAAAAGUGCAUGUGAGAGCACACACUGGAGAAAAACCUUUUUCAUGUUCAAUCUGCGGUAAAGAUUUUACUCAAAAGCCCAAUUUCAAAGCACACAUGAAAUUACACACUGGAGAAAAAAAGUUUUCAUGUUCAAUCUGCGGUAAAGAUUUUACUCGAAGAGACCAUUUCAAAACACAUAUGAGGAUACACACUGGAGAAAAAAAUUUACCUGCUCAGAAUGUGGUAAAAGAUUUGUAAUAAAUCAAAGUUUAAAAGUACACACAAGAACACAAACUGGUGAAAAACCUUUUAUAUGUUCAGUAUGUGGUAAAAAUUAAAUCGAAAGACAGCAAUUAAAAUCACACAUGAGAACACACUGGUGAAAAAACAAUCUCCUGUUCGAGCUGCAACAAAAGCUUUUUUCAACUAGACACUCUUACAGUUCACAUGAGAAGACACACAGGAGAAAGUGUUGAGUUGCAGUGUGUGGUGAAAGAUUCUCUUCUAAGUACCAGUGUAAGAAACACAAGUGUGCUGGUGAGAACAGCAGCAGCAAAUGAAACUGCAAGAUUUGAAAUAAACUGUCAAAACUUGAACUUUGACUUUCUAACAACAUCAGCAGAUAUAACAUGUGUGACAUCAUUGUUGUGUGUGUAACACAAUCUUGUUAAUAUGAUUCUAACAUUUAUAGAUUAGACACUUCAGAUUAGUGCUUUUAUUUCAGUCAAGUACAUGAGUUAAUUUACACAUUCGUGUACUUUAAAAUAAACAGAACAAUUUGAAAAAUUGAGAAUAAACAGUACAUAAAAUAUGUUACAUACAAUAAACAUUUUGUGUAGAUAUUCAUAAUUCACUUUUGUACUUAUUCAUUAUAGGGUUUUUUUAUAUGUUUUUUAAAACAAUGAAGUGUUACAUAUUUUAUUUUCUAAUUUGAAAUGAUUCCAUAGAUGAAGUCCUUUAUAUGAUAUACAAACCACGUUUCCAUAUGAGUUGGGGAACUGUGUUAGAUGUAAAUAUAAACGGAAUACAGUGACUGGCAAAAUCUUUUCAACCCAUAUUCAGUUGAAUGCACUACAAUGACAAGAUAUUUGGUGUUCAAACUCAUAAACUUUAUUUUUUUUUUUGCAAAUAAUAAUUAACUUUGAAUUUCAUGGCUGCAACAACUGCCAAGGUAGUUGGGAAAGGGCAUGUGUCAGGUUCAAACACUGGUGACAUCUAUUAAUCAGACAAGAACCAAGGAACCAAGCAGACACGGAGUUAAAUAGAGCUCAUGAGGAGACAUGUGUUUUGGGCUGUACUCUAGUUACAGAUCCGAAACAACGUUCUAAAGCACAGCCCGCGUGCCUCCUGUAUUUAUUAAGGAAAUCCCUAUUACAUCAUUAUGACUAAGGGAAAAGGGGGAGUGGACUCGACAAGAUAUGAUAAUACAAAAUUGCAAAUAUGUUGAUACUUGGUGCUAUCGCCCAGUCUGUUCUUGUGCUGGUCCCAGAACACAAAGUUUGGCCUUGGCAGUCAGCAGGCGGUAUCUGAACAGAACACUCAUGGAAAAUAAAGGCAAGCAAUCUCUCAGAUUGCUAGCUCUGCACAAAUACAGAAGAAACCCUUCAACACAAAUUGACAAUACUUUAUAGUAACGGCCCUUAAGCAUAUAGUUAUGAUGAUAAUAUAUACAUAAUUAUUCUAACAGCAUGUUCACCACUGUGUUACAUCACCUUUUCUUUUAACAACACUCAAUAUGUUUGGGAACUGAGGAAACUAAAUUUGAAGCUUUGAAAGUGGAAUUCUUUCCCAUUCUUGUUAUAUGUAGAGCUUUAGUCGUUCAACAGUCCAGGGUCUCCGCUGUCGUAUUUUAUGCUUCACAAUGUGCCACACAUUUUCGAUGGGAGACUGGUCUGGACUGCAGGUAGGCCACUCUAGUACCCGCACUUUUUUACUACGAAGCGACACUAUUGUAACACGUAGCUUGGCAUUUUCUUGCUGAAAUGAGCAGGGGCGUCCAUGAUAACGUUGCUUGGACGGCAACGUAUGUUGCUCCAAAACCUGUAUGUACCUUUCAGCACUAAUGGUGCCUUCACAGAUGUGUAAGUCUUUGCGCCUAGAAAAAUCCAGAUGGUUAUUUUCCUCUUUGAUCCGGAGGGUACAAUGUCCACAGUUUCCCCCAAAAAACUGAAAUGUGGACUCGUCAGACCACAGAACACUUUUCCACUUUGCAUCAGUCCAUCUUAGAUGAGCUUAGGCCCCACGAAGCCGGCGGCGUUUCUGGGUGUUUUUGAUAAAUGGCUUUCGCUUUGCAUAGUAGAGCUUUAACUUGCACUUACAGAUGUAGCGACCAACUAUAUUUAGUGACAGUGGUUUUCUGAAGUGUUCCUGAGCCCAUGUGGUGAGAUCCUUUCGAGAUUGAUGUCGGUUUUUGAUACAAUGCCGUCUGAGGGAUCGACGGUCACGGUCACGUGGAGUGAUUUCUCCUGAUUCUCUGACCCUUUUGAUGAUAUUAUGGACUGUAGAUGUUGAAAUUCUUAAAUUUCUUGCAAUUGCACUUUGAGAAAGGUUGUUCUUAAACGGUUUGACUAUUUGUUCACGCAGUUGUGGACAAAGGGGUGGCCCUCGACCCAUCCUUGUUUGUGAAUUACUUAACAUUUCAUGGAAGCUGCUUUUAUACCCAAUCAUGGCACCCACUUGUUUCCAAUUAGCUUGCACACCUGUGGGAUGUUCCAAAUAAGUGUUUGAUGAGCAUUCCUCAACUUUAUCAGUAUUUAUUGCCACCUUUCCCAACUUCUUAGUCGCAUGUUGCUGGCAUCAAAUUCUAAAGUUAAUGAUUAUUUGCAAAAAAAUUUAAAUGUUUAUCAGUUUGAACAUCAAAUAUGUUGUCUUUGUAGCAUAUUCAACUGAAUAUGGGUUGAAAAUGAUUUGCAAAUCUAUUUCCCAACUCAUAUGGAAACGGGAUUUGUACAUCAUUUGAACAGUUGUGUUUUAUACAAGGUCAUUUACUUUUAAAAUGUGUGACUUUAUGAAUCAUUUGUUGGGUCUCUAGAAUCCAUUCUACCAAUUAUCUUGAUUACUCUCUUUUGUAAUAUGAAUAUUAUUUUGUGAUUGUUUUAUAUGUAUGUCCCCACAUCAUUAUGCAAUAAACAAUGUAUGCUUCAACUCAG